UUAUAUAAUUAAUAAAUAUUAAUUAUUAAGUUGAGAGAGAAAAAGAAAAAAAGGGGAAGGAUCGAAAGCCCUAAACGAGUCAAGACAAAAAGAUUUCAUCAAAAGUUUCUCUAUUGGAUUUGGUGCUCCAUCAUCCAUCCAUAAAUUGUUGUCUUUAUUCUUCGUUGGAUCGAGUCUAAACGAAAAUGGAGGAUGAGAAGAAGAAAAACAAUAAGAGAAACAAGAAAAAGAAAAACAAGCAGCGCAUAACUCCCGAAGCAGACGAAGAUUUCAAUGGUCAUAUCGGCGAUUGCUUCCACGAUGACAAUGCGGAGCUGGAUCUGGAUACGCAUCAGCCAAAUGGCGCUCUUGCCUUGGAUUUGCUUAAAGAAUUACGGAAAGAGAAUGAAUCACAUGUACAGACAGAGGCUACUUUGCAAGAGAAAAUCAAGCACUUACAAGAUGAAAACGAAUCAUACAUACAGAAAGAGGCUACUUUAGAAGAGACAAUCAAGCAGUUAAGAAAUGAGUUUGAUUCACACCUAAAGAAAGAGGUUUCCUUAGAAGAGACAAUCCUGAAAUUACAACAUAGAAAUGAUACACACCUACAGAAAGAGGCUUCCUUAGAGGAGACAAUCCAACAAUUGCAAUUUGAAAAUGAAUCACAUAUGCAGAAAGUGGUUGGUUUAGAGAUGAAUAUUGUAGAAUUACAUAGUGAAAAAGAACUCUGGCUUCAAGAAAAGGCCAGCUUGGAGGAGAAUAACAAUCAGUUACUGGAGGAAAAAACUGCUCUGGAUCUGAAAGCGGCAAACUUGGAGGAGAAUAUUAAACAGCUAGAGAAAGAGAAAGAGUCUUCGAUUCUGACAGAGAAUUCCACCAAAGAAGCAAUUUCUAGCCUUAAUCGUGAUAUUACAAGACUAAAAAUGCAGGUGGUUGAGUUGGAAGAAUCCAGGAGCAAGCUUUUGCAAGAAAAUCAGCAGCUCACAGAAAAUGUAUCCGGCCUGCAGUUAUAUAUUCAAAACCUUGAGAGGAACAUGACCUCUGGUCCGUCAUCAGAUGAACUUAAAAAGCAAGCUUCUGGCGAUGAGGACCUGAACUCUCAGAUUGAAGCAGCAAUUGCUCUGGUUGACAAACUGAUCAUGGAGAAUGCAGAGCUUGUUGAGAAGGUGAACGAGUUGUAUGUUAAGCUUAAUCGACAAAGUAUGGCAGCAGGACAUUCUACAGGCAUUGAAAGUGUUCCGAUGGCUAAAGUUGCUGAAACUGCAAGUGUGUCUAAUUCUGUAGCUCUAUCCGUUGAGAAUGGUUCUAUGUUGGCUCCAAAGAUGGAUGCUGUAGAAGCUGCUCCAGUUUACAAUGGGAAAAUUGAUGGUGAGAAUGUGGAUGGGCAACAUGUUGCUCCUCUUCCAAUUUUUAUAGAGGCUGAGGACUCUGGAGAGAUUGUGCAAAUUCCUUUGGAUGAUACUGAUGUUCGGGAUUUGGAGUCACAAGCUACUGACGGUGAAGAAAAUUUUGUGCCAAUCUCAGAUGCUCCCUUGAUUGGUGCUCCAUUCCGGUUAAUAUCGUUUGCGGCUAAAUAUGUUAGUGGCGCUGACCUGGUUAACAACUAACAAGGACACUUUAAGCUCGGCGUCUUAGCUUAGAAGCAUUUUUCAUUUACUAUCGAUAAUAUUUAUUAUUAUUAUUUGGAAUCUACAUGGUUUACAUUUGAACUAGAGAUUAAAGAUGGGCCUAAAUUGGGCCGUCUACAUUGUUUUGUGACUGAUAAAUAUGUGUGCCGAGAGGGAGCACUAAUUUUAUGUUUGGUGUUGUGGAUAA